CAGCCGGUUCGGACAACAACAACAACAACACACCUUUUGUUUCGAAAACUUCGCAAUCAUGCCUCUUAAACCUAAACGAAAGCCUUUUUCGCCCAGAAAAAGCGAUGUCGAUGUGAAUCCACAAAACAUAGAAACACACCUUUCCCAGUUCAUUAAAUUUUACAAGGGAAUUAAUCUUGUGUCUGAAGAGGAAUGGCCACACUUUAUUGAAUCUCUGCUGAAUGAAUUGCCAGUGACAUUCUCUAUCAGUCAAAGGCACAGAAGAUGCAAUGAGAUUAAUGAUGGCAAGGGUGGAUCGCUGUCUGAGAGUGAUGUGCUAAGUCAGUUCUUGAAGAAUCAGGUCCUACCAAAGUUGAAGGGAGUAGAACUGGAAGAUGGCAGCUCUGUACAGAUGUCUGCUAUUCCCUGGUACCCGAAGCAUCUGGCAUGGAAGACCAACAUCCCAUUACAGGCCCUCAUGUCCAACGAGAAACUGAGACCUCUGAAGAGCUUUAUUCUUGGAGAGAAGAGAUAUGCGUUCCUCUUCCGCCAAGAGAUAGUGAACAUGAUUCCACCUCUGUUGGUUGACAUACAGCCACAUCACAAGAUCCUGGAGCUGCGUGCUGGGGCAGGCUAUCAUUCCUCUCAGAUACUGGAGCAGAUCUACUCCAAUCCAAAGAAAAUGCCAGAGGGGUUCCUGGUGGCCAAUGUGCAUGAGAAGAGCUACACAAAGACCCACUACCGUUGGAACACGGGCACCAACGUGCUGUUCACCCACCACUCAGAGGAGUCCUUCCCUGAUCUGUACCUCUCACAAGAGCGUGAUGCGGACUGCAAGGUUCUCUAUGACAGAGUGUUCCUGGAUGGUGUCUCGAGCAAUGAUGGUACAAUGAGGACCAAUCUAAAAAUGAGGACAAACUGGAGUAUUGUACAGGCCCAGAAAAACCAUGCAGAGCUGAAGAAGCAGCUGCGUCGAGGUCUGGAGCUGUUGGAGCUCAAUGGACAGCUGGUUUACUUUACCCGCUCCAUGAACCCUCUAGAGAACGAAGCAGUGGUUGCAGCACUGAUAGAUGAGGCACCAGGUUCCCUACAGUUGCUGGAUGUGAAGAGCCGCCUGCCAAGUUUCCAUGUGCGGGCUGGUAUGACAUCUUGGAAGGUGAUGAGCCAGGGCCUGGUGUUCUACGACACGUAUGACAGCGCCCCCGCCUGGUUCCAGAAGGAGAAUGAGAAGUCCCUCUUUGCGCCGACCAAUGCCAGCAUGUACAACUUGGACAGAUGUGUUCGUAUCCUUCCCCAUGACAAUGACACUGGUGCCCUGUUUGUGGCUGUCAUCUCCAAGUUUGGUUCUCUUCCCUGGCAGAAAGCAGAAGAUGGAGCAGGAGAGGUGAAAAUGGAGACUGAAGACAAAGCAGAAGAGAAACAGACAGAGGAAGAGAAGAAGAAGCAGAAAUACAACCAUCCGAUACGAUGUGACGUGAAUGUGUGUGUGGCCGAGAUAGAGUGGACCACAGAGAUCACAGAUGAGAAACUGAACAGCACUGAGACAGUCAACUGCUCUACCUAUGACCUUGCUCCCAUGAAGGUCUCCAAGUCGUGUUGGACUCCAACAAUGAAGCAGAUGAUGACGCAGGAGAAGGAACCAGGCUUCACAGAGAUCACUGAUUCCAACCCAGACUGGCAGGCAGUGAAGAAACAGUAUGAUAUCAGGAAGUUUGAUCCCACACCGUACCUGCUGAAGUUUGUAGAGGAAGAGAAGAGCACUCUGUACUACUUCUUCAGCCAGAAUGUCAAGAAUCUUCUCCUUCAUAACCCAAAGAUUUUUAAAUCCUCAGGAAAGUUUGCUGGUGGAAUGCUGUUUAUCAAGUCCACACCUGCAAGUAGACCAGAGCUGGUUCUCUGGGGGGCUACUGCCAUCUUGCCAUUCAUUAACAAGUGGCUGAUCCCCGUGCCCAAGGCAGACCUCGUGUUGCUGCUACAGGACAAAGAGCUGCCCUUCAGCAAACUCUCAGACAAAACAAGGAAGGCCCUCGAAGCCCUGGGAGCCCAAGAUGGGACGGUGUAUUUCCACUGUGAGGCCAAGAGCAAAAAUGCUGACCCGCCAUGCAGCAUUCUGUUGCAACGUGAGAAGUUCUCACUGUUUGUGAAGCCUUCAUUUGGAUUCUACAUAGACUCUGUUGAGAAUCACCUGCUAAGACUGUGUGGAAUCACUCCAGAUGAGGACAGUGAGGAUGAGAUGGACAUUGUGUAGAUGUCUCCGGUAUCCCUACACAUCACACACAACAAUCCUUACCAUUGCAGUAUGGUUUUGUAAUCGGAGAUUCAAACACUGUGGCUUUUCGACAGCAUUCAUAACCAUGAACACUUAAUUUGGACUGAAUAAUGAUUCAUAGUGCAUUUACUAGGAUAGAUUUUGUAGGAAAAAAAGAAGACCUUGCUAAAAUUUCAGUUGAAAUUUUGUUGAUUUUUAUCUUGUACUUAUAAUAAUGUUCUUUUGGAUUAUAUAUUUUUGUUAACCCAAACAUUUACUGAUGCAGGUAAGCAUAUAGCUAUUGACAUGUAGGUUCAUCCAUUCAUGCCACGUGUUAUAUUUAAUAAUGACAUGUUUUGUAUAACAUCAAUAAUAUCACCUUCAAAGCUUUGAUACUUGCAUAGAUGUUGUCUUGGAACACUGUCAACACACACUCAGCACCUGACUUGUCUUAAAUCACUAAUGCCCUCUACAAAAUCUUUGAUACACAACACACAAACAUCAUCUGACCUCAUUUUGACAUUAAAAUUGACCUACUUUUGGAUUCAGACUUAUUCAAAAAGUCAAAAUUAUUGGUCAAUUGUUCGUUCAACAUCAACACUACCUACCAAAAAGCUUUGUACUUCCAAAGAACACUCAGUACUCUCACAUCACCUGAUCUCAUUUUGACCUGGACAUUAUCUACUUUUGGACCUAGACUUAUUCAAAUAGACCAAGGAAUCAUUCAUGGACAAGGCUUUACCGGGCAGCAUCUGCGUUUAUUGAACUAAACCUCCUGUUUGUGUAAAACGACGUCUUUAUGUGCUCAUUUGAUUUCUGUCAAUAAACAGCAUGGCAAUGUC